AUGGGAAGGGGGCUGGAGGAUAAGCUCCAUGUGCUGAUGGUUGGAGCAGUGGAGGGAGAGGUGAAAAUGAUAGUGGUGGUAGGUUGGGACAUGGUGGUGGCGCGUAAGAAGGGCGGCGGCGGCGGCGGCGGCGGCGGCGAGCAUCGGCAAGCAGUGACUGAUUGGCAGCAACCAGAUGGUGGCGGAGCAGUGUUCGUACUGAUGGUCCUGGAGCUGUGGAUGAGACUGAGGAAUCUUAAUACAUGCCUUUUGGAGAUGGUGCUCCGUUCCGACCUUCGGGUUUUGCUAGUACCGCCGCAAGAGGCCAUAUUGACAGGAAGGUUGAGCCAUCUGUUGGAGGCGUUCGUGGCGUUAGGGCGUGCAGCCGAGUUGCUGGAGGAACACUUUGGGUUACUAGUGGCCACUGACAUCGCGCAGUGUGUGCUCGGUGCCACAUGUAGUGCGUACGAGUUACUUAUCGUCAUUUCGGGAUUAUCAUCUUCGAAGAUACUAAUAUACAAUAAAUCAGUAAGUACGUCGGUGCUGUGGCUUGCCUACCACUGCCUCAAGCUGGUUGCCAUAGCGUUGUCCUGUGCUGCAUUCGAGAACGCGGCGAGGCGCACCGGCGUGAUCCUGCGGAGGUCACCAGUGCUGCGCUCUUCGUUUGCUGGCGAAGUUGAAGCCUUCCUGCGUGUGACGUCGCAGGACUCGCUUCUGCGCUUCACAGCUGCAGGAUUCAUCGAAGUCGACCGACGUCUUCUCGUUUCAGUACUCGCUGUUGUCAUCACAUACCUUGUUAUUAUUGGUCAGUCUGCAGUUAACUAG